AUGAUUAAAAUCAAAAUAUUGUUUGUAUUCACCUUGUUGAUUAUGAUCUCAUUGAUCGAGGCAGUUCCAAACCAACUCGUUAAAAGAACCACUGAAUUCGGACAAUGUGAUGGCAGAAUAAAGCCCCUCGAUGUAACGACUUAUCCAUCUGACUUUGUUCCUAAUAAUGAGCUUGCUCUUAAUAUUAAAGGAGACUUUGGAACUGAACUUACCGAAAAAGCUAAAUUGUUUAUUACGGUAAGUUACUCCGAUUGGACGUAUGACUACGGAUUUAACGGCAAUAUUUGCAGUAUUAUUAAAUGUCCGGCUCCUGCAAACUUUGAAAUACAAACGGCAGUCCUUUUAAAGGAUCUUCCUUCAGGCUAUUUAUUCUCAGUAGCAAUUUUCACAGAUUAUGAUAAGAGUCAUAAUCGUCCUCAAGCCUGUGCAGUGGCUAGAGAGAAAUAA